UAUUGUCAUAUUUAUAACAUAUCUACAGUCAAAUGGCCAGUAUGUUAAUAUUCUGAGAUAUAUUUUUAAAGUGUAAGAUGAGCAGUGUGUAUUUGUCUGCUGGUCAGGUCCUAACAGUGAGUUUAGGAAGACCACUUAAAGUGCCCUGGGUAAUACGAAUUAGAUAUUUGCCUCACUAGAUGGUCUCACACACACACAGAUCAGAAAGGCGGUAAAGGUGACCCGUUAAUCAGAUCUGAACUAAACAUGAUGUUCUCCAUCUGUGUAGAUUGGACAACAACAACAACAACAAGAUCGAUGAUGUUUGCGAUAUCAAUUCUUUUUUCUAUUUUUUUCUUUUUUUUUCUGGCUUCUGUUUUGGAAAAGAGUCUGAGAGUUAGUCUUUCACCCUUGGAGGAAAUACAACUGCAUCAGUCAACUGAGACAUGCCGUAGUUCAUCAUAACUACGUAGGUGACUUUUGAUUUCAGUUACACCAUUGUUGAUAUGUUAUGUUGUGGGGCAAUUUAAUGUAAACACAUUUUAUUAAAACAACAUUUCAGCAAGCAAAUCUGCACAAUACUCUAAGCAUCAGCCAGAUCUUAUAAAUAUGACCAUUUCUGUAGAUUUUUAUUUUUGUGAAUCUUUUGACAAACUCAUUUAUUCACUGGACAAGACAUGCAUGUGCUUGUGUAUGAGAUGAUGUUGACAACUUCAAUUUUAUGCAGGUUAUGACACAAAGACUUUCCACUCCCAAUAUUUUUAUUGUAAAGCCUUAUAAUUCCCCAUAAGGUGUUUCAGGAAAUAUGAUUGUUGUAGGAAGUUGCAAGAAAUGUUAAACAUUAACUUCUCUGGCAGAGAACUUUAUGACUCAUUCCAUGUGCAUUUGUCUCUAAGGAGUAAAGACAGAAAACAUAAAAACAGAUGAGACUUAACACAAAUGACGAUCCCUGGUUCACAUUUACUGAAUCUCUGGUCACAACUGUGUAUGGGUCCAUUAAACUACAUCCAUAUAAAUCUUGAUGAUUUAACACUAACCUGAGAAGAAAGUAAGGAAUCAACACUACUUACAUCAUGGCAAGUCUGGAGAAUAAUUCAACUGACUGUCUUCGUGUCGAUGAAUACAUAAAGAGUUAUUAUCUUCCAGUGAUGUAUGGUAUCAUCUGCUUAGUUGGACUUGUAGGAAACCUCACGGCAAUCGCUAUCUACCUGGCAAAGCUCCGACCCUGGAAAAGCAGCAGCAUAAUCAUAGUGAACCUGGCAGUAGCUGAUCUGCUCUGUGCACUGAGUUUACCUAUGUUGAUCAAGUUUUAUAUUACCGAAAACUGGAUACUAGGUGAGUUCAUGUGCCGCUUCAUUCGAUUUUGCUUCCACUACAACCUCUACGGUGGUAUCCUUUUCCUCACCUGCCUCAGUGUCUUCCGUUACAUUGUGGUGGUGCACCCACUGAAGGCUGCUGAGAUUCAGAGAAAAAGAUGGGGUAUCUUAGCCUGUCUGGCUGUCUGGAUCAUCUCCUUGUUGGAGAUUGGGCCAAUGCUGGGCAUGAUUACCCUACAGCAGGAGGGUAACAUGACACAAUGCGUUGACUUCGCCAGUAACGAUCCUCGGGUGGUGUGGUGCUACAGUUGGAUACUCACUGCUUUUGGAUAUGUGAUACCUUUAAUGGUGGUAUGCUGGAGCUAUGCCCACAUAGCAGGCACUCUGGGCAGCAGCAUAUCCAGCCACAGACCAAUUCGUUCUCGAGCUCGCAGGCUCUCAAUUCUGAUUCUUGUUGUGUUUGUAGUGUGUUUCUUACCCUAUCAUGUCAUGCGUGUGCUGAGGGUGGAUAGCCUGCGCAGGAACGAUGUGACGUGCAUGCAUAGACGAGGCAUCAAUGCAGUCUACAUCUUGUCGCGACCACUGGCAGGCCUCAACACCUUCUUCAACCUUGUGCUUUGUACACUGGCAGGAGACAAGUUUCAGCAGGCUUUCUGGAGCUUGGUGCACAGGAGGGUGUUCACGAACAGCAGGACAGCUGUGAUUCACACAACAAACAACCUGUCAAAGUCAGACCUCCUGAACAUCUGAAUGCAGCACCAUUUGACCUGCUUCAUUACAUGGAUAAUAACUAUAAUAAUAAUAACUUUAUUUUUAUAGCAUUCUUUUAGAAAUUUAGCACAAAGUGCUUCACAAAACAUAAAAUAAAAACACACUCAGUAAAACACAACACAUUCACACUGUAAUAUAGUAAUAUCAUAGUAAUAAAAGCAAGUCUAUACAAAAGAGUUUUUAAACGAGACUUAAAAACAGACACAGAUUCAGCAGAUCUAAUAUCCCAGGGCAGGCUGUUGUUCCAUAACCGUGGGGCUAUAUAGAGUAAAUAUACAGAGGAUAUACAGGAUAUAUAUAUACAGUACACUAUCAAAUCUGUUAAUUUCAUUGCAUUAAAUAAUAAUCAAACCAAGUGCCAUUUAUUUUAAAGUAAGCUAGCACAUACACGUUUUCAAUCAAAACAUUUUUAAAAUAAAAUAAGUUUGUUAGGUUUAAAAUGAUAAACAAUAAAUAUACCUCUCAAAAUGUAUUGUAAAUGUUGUAGUUGUCAAGCUUAGUCGAACAUGGCUAAAGUUAAUCAGUUUAACUACACUUGUGGUUACUCUGCUAUGAACCCUGUGUGAACUUUUGAGGAACUGACUUUAUAAAAUGACCUCGGGAUCAGUUGGUUAAAAUAAUUGUGAAAAUCGCUAAAUAGGGUAUACCACCUGGUUUGAUAUUUUGUUGCAAAGUGUGGCAUAAGUGUCCACAUACUUUAUGGAGCCACCGUAUACUGUGUAUACUGUAUAUGUAAAAUAAUACUAUUUUUUAUAACCAAUAGUGACAAUAAAAAAAGUUAAAUGGAUGCAGUGCAGGAUACAUACAGUAUAUGUAAUUAAUACAUUGGCACCAUAUAUAGAGUACACCAUGUAAAAACAUUUGUGCAGAAAGAUUUGGAAAUUUGCUGUGUCCCUUUGCAAUUUGAAGUAUUUCUGCUGUAUUAGAAAAGGUGAUAUAUAUAUAUAUAUAUAUAUAUAUAUAUAUAUAUAUAUAUAUAGGAAGGAUAAAAAAUAUAUAUUGAAAUGCUAUUUGUAUUCAUUCAUAUUUAGUCUUUAAUGUAUACCUUGUCUUUAAUGUAUACCUUGUCUUUAAUGUAUACCUUGUAUAAAAUGUAUUUAAUGUUUUACCUUGUUAAAGGAAACACUGUGUGGAAAUCAUUCCAGGUAAUUUGGGUCAGAUGCUGUUAGAUUUGUUGUAAAUGUUUCACCACUCAUCCAUGAUCUUUAUCUGUGUUUGCUCGUAAAUGUGUCCAAAUAAACCACACGGAUGAGAGGCAACACAAAACAAGUCAUUCUUUGAUUAUUUGGAUGACUGAGAAUCUUCAAAGACAAGGAAACACAUUGUUAUUUAUGGGCAGCCAUUCAAAUCACAGAACCACUUCAGUAGCCAUUAGAUAUUACAUUAAGGAAGUAUUACUGUAAGCCAUCCUACAUUCCUAUAGUCAGAUUUCAGGAAUCUCUCUUUUCAACAAUGGACAUUGCUCUAUGUUCAUGUUCUUCAGGUGUGUUUUCCCAUUGUGCUGUUUGUGAAGAGAUCUGUCAGAACUUUCAGUUAAAUGAGCUCGAUUUUCAGAGGACUCCUCUACUUUUCCACCCAAAUUACAGACACUUGCAGAACUCAGACAGAAAAUAUACAACCCCAGUUCCGAAAGAGUUGGGACAGUAUGGAAAAUGCUAAUAAAAACAAAAAGGAGUGAUUUGUAAAUUAUCUUCACCCUAUUGAAAGCGCUAAAAUAACACAUUAUUUUAUAUUUUACCUUGUGAAUUUAAUAGUUUUAAAUAGUUAUAUGCUAAUUUCAAAUCAGAUUAUUGCAACAUGCUCCAAAACAGAUGAGACAGGGGCAAUUUAGGUCUAAUAUCUAUCUAAUAUCAAUCUGGGCUGCGUUUCCUAAAAACAUUGCAAGCUUAAGACAAUCGUAGAGACCAUUUGCUCCAAUGGUUUCUACAAUACGCAGGCUUACAGUGCUUUUGGGAAACGCAGCCAAGACCAGUUGAAAUAACAAAGUAAUGUAAAACAGGAGAUGUUAAACAGAUGUUAAACUUCAGUGUACCUAGACAGUCAACACCAUUUGCCACUUCAUCCACAGAUGCAAGUUAAGUCUUUACCAUGCAAAGCAGAAGCCAUACAUCAAAACUGUCCAGAAGCGCCGCCGACUUCACUGGGCUCGGUCUCAUCUGAGAUGGAAAGCAGAACAGAUAAAUCCUGUUUUGUGGUUUGACGAGUCCACCUGUUUCCUGCAUAUACAGAGAAUGCAGGUGCUAGAUUGGCCAGCUUGCAGUC